UGUGUGUCUAAAUUCACCGCGGUUUAUUAAAUGAAAACACGUCGUAGAUCUCAUAAUAUAUAAAGUGUUAGCAUAAUUGUUCACUCAGGAAGAGUGCCGAAAAAUGUGUGUUGAUUGUGUGAUCUAAUUUAAGCUUAACUUAAUAAUAUUGUGUUUUUACUUUCGUGAAAAUGAAUGGCAAACUGCAUAGUGAAACCGGCGCUUUCUCAUCUGACGACAUGCGCGCCGAAAUAUUGAACCCUUUCGUUCACAAAUUGGAGCUAGAUAACACAUAUGAUAAAAUAAAGACGGCGAUAUUCACUGUAAUAUUGCUGCCUUUCCGAGUCAUUGUGAUAUGCUACCUCAUAGUGACAGCGUGGUUUCUUGCGUGUAUCGGCCUCUAUGGCCUCAGCGAGGAAGACCUCAGGAGACAGCCAAUGACAGGUUGGAGAAGUAAACUGCGGUUCUCGAUCUUGUCGCUAAUACGGUUGGUGGUGGUGGCUGCGGGCUUCCACCGCGUGCGGGUGCUGGGGCGGCAGCACGUGCCGGCGGACUCGCGCGAGGCGCCCGUCGUGGUGAUCGCGCCGCACUCCAGCUUCUUCGACGCCAUCGCCAUCGUGUGCCUCGGCGCUCCCAGCGUGGUCGCCAAGGCCGACACUGCCCGCCUGCCGUUCAUCGGACAGCUGAUAAACUACACACAGCCCGUGUACGUGUGGCGGGAUGACCCCAACUCCAGGCAGAACACCAUCAAGGAAAUCAUUGAGAGGGCUACCUCCAAAGAGGACUGGCCUCAGGUAUGGAUAGGAUAUCCUUAAUCAUCAUUUGUAUCU